GAAAUAUAUGUAAUAAUAAUAGGAUCAAUUGAAGAUAGCUUUUUUGCACCCUGGUAAUAAUAAAAAAUUCUAAAAUAGAUUUGGGUAUUGGAGGCGCUGAAUAAUUAGUAGUAAAUCUUGCAUUGGCAUUACAAAAAAAUCAUUAUGUAAAAAUAUAUACUCCACAUCAUGAUCCUAACCAUUCAUUUCCUGAAACUAAUGGAUAAAUCCCAGUAGAAGUAAGAGGAAAUAUAAUACCUGCUCAUAUAUUUGGUAUGAUGAAUUGUAAUAUUUAAAAGGAUAUUGUACUGCAAUGUGUGCAUAUAUAAGAAUGAUAUUAGCAACUUUGUAUAUUAUAUUUUUUAGUGGUCGUUGGGAUGUUAUCAUAAUUGAUUAAGUAUCUGUUUGUUUACCAUUAUUUUGGUUGUUUAGAAGAAAAACAAUAUUUUAUUGUCAUUUUCCUGAUAAAUUAUUAUGUGUAGAGAGGAAAUCAUUAAUAAAAAAAUUUUAUAGAUUAUUCUUAGACUCAUUUGAAGAGAUUAGCAUGUUAUUUGCUAAUUUAAUAUUAGUAAAUAGUUAAUUUACAAGAGAAAUAGUAAAAUAAGCUUUUCCUAUUUAUAAUAAAUAUGGUAGACAACCUGAAGUAUUAUACCCAGCAAUAGAAUUUUCAAAAUUUGACAUACCUCCAGAUCUUAAUAGACAUGAUAGUAGAUUAAGUGGAAAUAAUUAUUUUUUAUCUUUAAAUAGAUAUGAAAGAAAAAAGAAUAUUGCAUUGGCAAUUCAUGCAUUUGCUGCAUUUAGAUAAUAAUUAUCUUAAAAUGAGAAUAUAGAAUAAAUAAGAUUAGUAAUAGCAGGAGGAUUUGAAUAACGAGUGGAAGAAAAUGCAUAACAUUAUGAAGAAUUAAAUUAGAUUGCAUAAAGAUAAAAUGUAGCUGAAUAUGUGUCAUUUAAAAAAAAUAUAUCUGAUUCUGAACGAACUUGGUUGAUGUCUAAUACUUUAGCUGUUCUAUAUACACCAGAAAGAGAACAUUUUGGUAUAGUUCCAGUUGAAGCUAUGUAUAAUUAAGUUCCUGUAAUUGCAUGUAAUUCUGGAGGACCCAAAGUAUUUAUUAUUAUUGAUAUAAUAAAUAGGAAUCAAUUUAGAAUGGAGUAACUGGUUAUCUAUGUGAAUCAAAAACUAAUGAAUGGUGUUAGAGAAUGAUAGAAAUUUACUAAAAUAAAGAAAAGAGUAAAGAAAUGGGAGAAAAAGGUAGAGAAAGGGUUAUAUAAUUAUUUGGAUUUACUUAGUUUUAAAUGCAAAUAGAUAGUUAUGUUAGAAUGGUUUCCUCAAAAGGGAAAUAAAAAUAAUAAUGAAUAUUAAAGGUUAUUUUG